GCACCCCACGAUUUUACAACCACCACCAGUCCCGUCUUCCGGUCCCGACGUCGUAAUACCGCAUAUUCGUUCCUGGGGUCAACCAUUGCGUUAGGUCCAAUGGCAUUUCGCGCCAUUUCAAGUUCUGCCCCGGUGCCCAGUUAUUUUUAGUGGCGCUGCGGCCCAACCAGUGUCCCCCAACUUGUUCUUGUUUUACGGCUACCCAAGUUUCCUGGUCUACGCUCAGAAACGAUCAAAAUUAAACGCGAAGAAUGCCUGUGCUUCCUGAUGACACCUACAUCAUUAGGAAUGUUCGCCAGCAGACUCUCGUGUUAGCCGUCAGCAUGGGGACAAUUGCCCAGUGCAUUAUCGAGUCAGAAAUCACUCUAUCAAAGGGCCUUUUGAGCGACUCUAAAUUCCAGCUAGAGAUUAGCAUUCAGUAUAGUCCCCAUUCGGAGGGCUACAAAAUAUCGGUGCUCGAUUCGUUCAACCAGCGGCCGAGGGUUGCUUUCCCCUCCCGAAUCGACGGACUAUCCCAUGAAUUUAUGUUCUUUGAGGAAGGACAUGUGUUCGACGACUGGAGAUUGACUUGCCAUGAUGGCCACAAGUACAGUAUCGGUCUCCGUGAUGGCCGGAUCCUCUGUGGAAAGCGAGGGGGAAGCACUUGGGAUCUCCAAAAAGUCGCAGAAAUCACGGAUCUACAGAAGUGGACGUUUGAGAAGAUCAGAGACACGCCGAAGUCGGCCGCUGUGGCUUCGCCCAUCGACACUUCUAAAACUGAUCAAUACACUUACAGAUCAUCCCCUGCAUCGUUCAUCACCAGUACAUGGAUGAGAUAUGACCCUCAAGAUGAGAGUGACAUAAAGCUUCUCGAUCUAAAACGGCGUCAAGCCCAACUUCAUUUGAAGAGGCAACACGGUGUGGAAGCGUUUGAGUUACUUCAGCGCGAAAAUGUCACGCUUACGAAUAUUGAGAAAGGACACCAGCUUGGGUUCGCCAACAAGCUUCGGGAUGGAGCCGGUGCCAUGGUUCGGCCAAGCUCUGAUUGGGAGUGCCGGACAAUCGAGCCAAUCAUAAAGACCGAAAAAUGUCUUAGCCUCAGCCGAAGAUUACUUGCUAUGGUCGUCACAGCGAUGAGCUUCAAACCGGAAUCUAGCUCAGGAUCAAAACGUCGGCAAGUCUUCCGCUUGUUAUGGAAUUAUCAUGGGACCCGAUACGUCCUCGGGUAUGAGUUACCGACGCGACAUGGACAAACCGUCAUGUUUAUGGAACGUUAUCCCUCUACCCCCACCGCCGCCGGCCCUGGCCUCUCUGAUGCAAUAGAUCUCGAAACUAUCACUAUGGAGAAUCCAGAUUGCGGUGAACACUGGGAAUUGAAGCAAGUGCAGAGUGGCACAUAUAUAUUUACCGUGCCUGGGACGGGGCUGGUCUUAGCAGUUAGAGAUGGUGCUGUCCGACUUGAAUUCGUUCGAGGUCUCCCUACUCAAGAAUGGUUAAUCACCCGAGGUCCAUUAAAGGGGAUUGUACAUGAUAUGCCAUAGAAUUAUAGAUAUCUACAUGUAAAACACUCGCCCAGCAGUCAGGCAAAAGAUCUGAAUUUGAUAGCAAAUAA